UUUGUUUUGGAUCUGAGUUUCUCUUUUUCCCGUCUCUCUAUCUGGAGUGUUUGAAUAACACAACAACAAAAACAGCAGCUGCUGCUGCUCUCUCUCUCUCUCUCUCUUAUAAAUAUGAAUAACAUCACCAAUAAUUAGAAGUUCUCUCUCUCUGGUUUGGACUCCGGGUCUUCUUGAACCUCCCAAAUCGAUAUCUUUCCAGCUCGAUCUUCUUUCUGCUCGUAUCUUUCCGAACCUCCCUCUUCUUCUUUCGAUUUCUGUACAUUUUUACGUAUAUAUUCGGUACAUAUAUCUGUUUCUUUUGGGUAAAUAUUCGAUCUCUCUCUCUCUCACUUGUGCUCCCUUUGCCUUUAUUUGAUUCUGUUUUCCCCUUGAUUGAAGAGAUCAAAAGCUCUCUCUCUCUCUCUCUCGCGUUGGCUGGGAAUGGAAGAAAAGGAGUUGGUGUUGGAAUAAUAAACAGUAAUUGUAGGCAGGGGUCAAAGAGAAGAGCAUGUUGUGUUAGAAGCAGCCUAACUCGAUUGUAUGCGCGGUGGGAGUUGUUUCUUGGAGACUAUUUCGCUGAUGUAUAUUCACAUAUUAUUCGUAAGUAUAGAAAACUGGAUGCAAUUCUGAUAGUAUAAUCCCUUAGCCAGAGCCUGAGCCCCUAAGGCUCGGCGGGGGAGGGGGUCGAUCUGGAAUAUUAUCAAUGGCGUCGCCAGAGAAUGAGCCCUCCUCCCACUUUCCCUCUGUCGUUGACGAAUCCCUUGGUCCUCCUCCUGCUCACGCUUUCAUGCACAAAUUCAGGCUUUACGAGACGCGAUCGAAUUUUUAUAUGAUAGGAAGGGACAAGAGCAGAACAUAUUGGAGAGUGCUAAAGAUUGACCGGUUGGACCCUUCAGAACUAAACAUCCAGGAAGACUCUACCAUGUAUACGGAACCUGAGUGUUCUGACCUGUUGAGGCGGAUACAUGAAGGAAACAAGUCCACAGGUGGACUAAAGUUUGUCACUACUUGUUAUGGAAUUGUCGGGUUCAUCAAAUUUUUGGGUCCUUAUUACAUGCUGCUUAUCACAAAAAGAAGACAGAUUGGUGCAAUCUGUGGUCACACUGUAUAUGCUGUCUCCAAGAGUGAGAUGAUUCCACUUCCAAACUCUGAUGUUCAGAACAGUAUCACGAAUUGGAAGAAUGAGAACAGAUACAAGAAGCUCCUGUGCAUGGUGGAUCUCACAAAGGAUUUCUUUUUUAGCUACUCAUACCAUAUUAUGCGUAGUCUUCAAAAGAACUUGUGUAAUAAAGACACUGGCCAGGUUCUCUAUGAAACCAUGUUUGUCUGGAAUGAGUUCUUGACUCGGGAAAUCCGGAAUCACCUCCAGAAUACGCUUUGGACAGUUGCUUUGGUUUAUGGGUUUUUUAAGCAGGCAACACUUUCUCUAUAUGGACGAGAAUUCAAACUGACCCUAAUUGCAAGGCGUUCCCGUCACUAUGCGGGCACCAGGUAUCUGAAAAGAGGUGUAAAUGAGAAGGGCAGAGUUGCUAAUGAUGUUGAAACAGAACAGAUUGUGUUUGAGGAUGUUCCAGAAGGGUUUCCCAUGCAGAUAAGUUCUGUAGUCCAGAACCGAGGCUCAAUUCCUCUUUUCUGGUCACAGGAGACGUCACGCUUGAAUAUUAAACCAGACAUUAUAUUGUCGAAGAAGGACCAAAAUUUUGAAGCCACCAGACUUCAUUUUGAAAAUCUUGUCAAUAGAUAUGAAAACCCUAUAAUAAUUUUGAAUUUGAUUAAGUCACAUGAGAAGAAGCCCCGAGAGUCCAUCCUCCGUGCAGAGUUUGCUAAUGCAAUUGAUUUCAUUAAUAAGAGUUUGCCAGAGGAGAACCGUCUCAGGUUUCUUCACUGGGAUCUACAUAAACAUUCUCGGAGCAAAGCUACAAAUGCAUUACUCCUACUGAGCAAAGUGGCUGCAUAUGCAUUGACGCUAACGGGAUUCUUUUAUUGCCAAGUAACACCAGCCUUUAGGCAUGAAGGGUGUGUGAGAUGGCUUUUGUCUGGGAAUUUGGACAAUGAUAACUUUUCGCCUCAGAGGCACUGCAACUGUGAUAAUGAGGAUGAUGAUUACGUAGAAAGGAAACUUGGUGGUUGUAAUAAUGGUGCUAGUAAUGUUGCUAAUGGGAAUUACCCUGUCAAGCCACCCAUGUUUCAGAAAGGGGUUCUCAGGACCAAUUGUAUAGAUUGCCUGGAUCGCACUAAUGUUGCUCAAUAUGCUUAUGGAUUAGCAGCUCUUGGACAACAACUUCAUGUUCUGGGAGUCGCAGACAACCCAAAGAUAGAUCUUGAUGCUCCUUUAGCUGAUGAUUUUAUGGGGUUUUAUGAGAAAAUGGGUGACACACUUGCUCACCAAUAUGGUGGCUCAGCUGCUCAUAAUAAGAUAUUCUCCGAGAGAAGGGGUCAGUGGAAAGCAGCAACGCAGUCUCAAGAAUUCUUCAGAACUCUUCAACGAUAUUACAGCAAUGCCUAUAUGGAUGCGGAGAAACAAGAUGCAAUUAAUGUAUUCUUGGGUCACUUUCAGCCGCAACAGGGCAAACCUGCACUUUGGGAACUGGAUUCAGACCAGCACCAUGAUGCGAGUAGGAAUGGGCAUACAUAUGUGGAUGAAGAUGGAAGGUCGAUUCUCAAACGAUCCUUAUCAGAUGGGAACAUACAUGGUGAAAGCAGCUCUCCCAUGUCAGCCAAGAAUGUGAAGCAUGCCUCUAACUCAGUUUUGCCUGAGCAAUCACAAGGAUCAAGCAACUUUCUAUCUGAAUCAUCACCAGAAAUAUCAACUUGUGAAAGUGAUAUAGCUUUUUCGAGGUAUACCCCAUCAAUACCUCGCAGGCAGCUUUUUGGAGAUAUGCAAAGAGAUCGAUGCCUUGAAACCAAUCAUAUUUACUUCUCAGAACAUGGAGAUAUGUCCAACUGCUCAAAUUUUCUUGACCUUGACUGGUUAUCUUCCUCUGGGAAUUCAUGCGAGGAAGAGCAAUUCGAGAGGUCAUCGCUCACAAACUCUUCAGUUGCUGGGUUAUCGUCAGAAAAUGUUGUCAAUGGAGUGAUAGGAGAAACUACCCCCUCCACUAGUGAAUAUGGAUCCAGCAUGAAAGGGAGGGAGCAGACCGGAACAGAGCUAUCUUAUGGUAUUGCACAGAAUUCCGAUGUUCUUGAGGAUUUUUCAGAUGGCUUUGUGCACUGGGUGAACCAUGGAGAGACACUCUGCCAUUAAAGUUAGGCUAACUUUUUCCACCCUAAUUCGAUAUAUUCUCACUCUCGUUUCUCAGGCUGCUGUAACUGAUCCAUGGAGAAGAGACCAUAUUGAGUAUAGCAAGGGUAGCGGGAACAAGAGAGAUCAGAAACGGAGAAUCCGGCAAUUUUUCUGUAAGAUGUUUUCCCACGAAGCAAUCCUCUGGGCGCUCCUCAUCUAUGACUUGCAGCAUUAAGUUCCAUCCGAGAAACCACGAUCAAAGAACCCAAUACCAAAGUACAAGAGUAAAUAGGCGACAAUUAAAAAUUCUUUUUGGAGCUCAUCUUCUUCCUUCUUAAUCCUAGUAUUCGCGGACUCGUAGGGAUGCCGCUUUUGUAAAUAUCAUCAUUCUACUCGACCGAGCUCCAGUUUCAGAAUUGCAGGUCAUUGAUUCUUUAUAUUGCUUCAUGUUUAUUUGUGGUCAAGCGAGAUCCAGGUACUGUAGAACUCCCUCCCUCCCUCUUUUGAUAUGUGUAAUUGUAGCCCCCCCCCCCCCACAAAAUAGACGUCUGUUUACAUGGACCUUUUCUUAUGGGUAGGUAUCUACAAAGGACUUCUGUUCAUUGAUUGAAAUGGACACUUCUUUUAAGCUUAAACUUUUGUAAGUUUUUGCUCCAUCCAAUGUUAAAAAGUGAGAGAGGAAAAAUCCUAACAUUCAGAGACAGAAAGAAUGCUCAUGUAUAUAAAGUGUUUAGCAUGUUUAGAAAGGUUUGUUGGGAUAAGGACAUCCAUGAUAUUGGAGUCCAUCGACUUUAGGGAGCAAUGAGAAUCUUUUGAAAAUAAA